ACUAUAAAUAAUUCUAAAUUCAUAUGAUUUAUAAUCAAAAGUUGUAAUAAAUCAUCCAAACUAUCUCAUAGAAUAAUUUUUUUAUUAAAUUCAAGAUAGUAACUACAGUGACAAUUCAUAGUGGAGCAUAUAAGGCCGAUAAAGAGGUUUGGAAACAAAACAAAAAAGCAUAAAUAAAAUUUGCAAAUCAGGUUGAAUAGUCUUAAUUUAGGUUAAAAUAUUUUUUCUAUAUUUUUUUUGUCAAAAUAAGCAAAGUAGUUCAUCUAAUUUCAUAUUAAACAUAAAAAAUUAUUCGGUUCAUUCCUAACUGCCAAACAAAUAAACCAUACUGCUAUUACAAGUGGUUUAAUGGUUCUAUCAAUCGAGUCGUGUGAUUCUGUUGGGUUCUUAUAAUUAAGGAUGACAAUAUAAACCCGUCCGUUGAGUAUUACCCGACCCGACACGCGAUGAGGCUGACAUUAAUAUCUACUUUUAACCAGCCCUUUCCCAUCAUGCCCUGUUAUUGGCUCAUCCUAUCUCAAUUUCUUACAAAAUGUAUUCAUAUUUAUCUUAUAUUGACUUUUCUUCAAUUAGGUAGACUCAAUACUCAUUCUAUUAUCGCUAUUUUUCAUUCAUAAAAUAUUUUUCUCUUCGUUGUAUCAUAAAAAGUAAAAUUUUGCAUAAUAUUUUUAUAAAAAUAACAUGUAAGAGUGAGUAGACUCGCCCCCGCCGCAUACCUACGCGAGUAUUACUUAUACUGACUCAUGCUUGGUGUGAAACAUAUAUGGAUAUUGAGGUACCCACCCCACCCAACCCCACCCCACCCCUAUUUCUCUGUUGACAGAAGGUCUGAAAGUGGAACUUGUACAUUGUUUUGCUCUAAUUUCCUGCCUGUUGUUGAUAACUUGGGAAUGAGGUGAGCAAAAACCUAUCGAGUUCUUGUACUAUUUAUAGCGGGUCAGGUAAAAUUCAUUUAUUUCACUGUUUCCUGAUAAUGGAAUUAUUUAUAUUUUUAAAUGAUGGGCGAAACUUAGCAGCAUUUUGGUACCAUUUGACCACUCGGAGUUUUUUGUUCAUGUUUUCGUUAAAUUAGGUGGUGGCUUUUUUCUCACUUUUCUUCAUGCUCCCAAUGACCCUAGUGAGAGAAGGGAAUUUUGAGAGAUUAUUAGUGAUUGUAGACCUACUAAUGAAAGGCUGUGGCUACUUUUGGGUGAUUAUAAUGCGGACUUGGAUGCCUCAGAAAAUAAGGUGGCAACCCGCCGAGAAGAAAUGUCAUGGAACCGUUCAAAGAGUUUGUCUUCAACAAUGGACUUCUUGAUGUGGAAUUCAAGGGACCAAGAUUCACCUGAUCAAAUAUGCAACAAGAAGAGAGGAAGAUUCUUGGAAGGUUGGACCAAGGACUCUGCUCACUUGAGUGGAGAGUGGCAUUUGAUCAGGCCAUUAUCCACAAUGAACCAAUGAUUGGGUCGGAUCAUUGCCCGAUGAGAGUUGACUUGUAUGGUAACCAAAAAAGGAGGAGAACCACAUUUUGAUUUGACCACAGGUGGCCUAAUUAUGAAAGUUGUGGUGACAUUAUUAGGCGCAUAUGGGAGAGAGGUGGAAAUCACCAACUUUGCUUGAAUGCUUGCCGAAGAGAGCUUUUAGAAUGGAGAAAAAUAAUGUGAGGAAUGCUGCUCUUCAGAUUAAAGCAAUCAAAAAUAGGUUGAAAGACAUUCUGGAUUUCACUCGUGAUCCGGUUGUGGCUGAGGAAAAGAGGUCACUGCUUGCUGAACUUAACAUUCUUUGGAAGGAGGAAGAGAUCUUCUGGCGUCAACGAUCCAGGGUGCAAUAUCUCAAAGGUGGAGAUAAAAAUUCGAACUUCUUCCACACAUCGACCAUCCUGAGAAGUCAUCGUAAUAAGGUUCUGAAGUUGUUGGAUGACAUGAAUAUUUGGAUGACUCACCAUGAUGAUCUUCAGAAUCACUGUGUUUCUUUCUAUAGGAAUCUGUUUCAGAAAAGGGAUAUGGUGGUGGAUCCUGAUCUUUUCAGGAGUAUUCCUUGUGUGGUGUCUGACGAAAUGAAUCAAGCUUUAUGUCAGCCUAUUGAGGUGGAGGACAUUAGAAAGGCGGUUUUUGAGCUCGGUGCGGGUAAAUCUCCGGGACCGGAUGGUUUUCCUGGCCUUUUCUAUAGGAACUACUGGGGGACAAUUGGAGCUCAACUUGAGGAGGUCAAAGAUUUCUUCUCACUGAAUGCUAUGCCGGAGGAAUGGAAUGAUACACACCUUGUUUUGACUCCUAAGAUCCAGCACCCGGAGAGAGUUUCUCAAUUCAGACCUAUCAGUUGUUGCAACUUCAGGUAUAAGGUCAUUUCAAAGAUCAUGACUACAAGGCUGAAUCAAUGGAUCCCUUCUCUUGUGUCGAAUUUGCAAGCAACUUUCACGGGGGAAGAGCUAUCCAGGAUAACAUCUUCAUUGUUCAUGAGGUUAUGCAUCACUUUAAGACUCGACCGAAAGGGGAAAAGUGGGAAAUGAUGAUUAAGUUGGACAUCAAAAAGGCAUAUGAUAUUGUUGAGUGGGAGUGCUUAGAGAACAUCAUCAAAGCUAUGGGUUUUGCUCAGCAGUGGUGCCUUUGGAUCAAGGAAUGCAUUGAGACAGUUUGCUUCUCAGUGUUGUACUGUUGUUUAAUGGUCAACCCUCGCAGCAAUUCCAUCCAUCCAGAGGCAUCCGUCAGGGAGAUCCUCUUUCUCCUCUCCUUUUCAUUCUCCUGACUAAUGCUUUAUCUUUCCUCAUUUCAAAAAGUGUUCAAGAGGGAAUUUUCCAAGGUAUCUCUCUAAACCCAUAUUGUCCUAGACUUACCCAGACCUUUUUGCAGAUGACACAAUCCUGUUUGGGAAAGCGUCAUUGGCAGAAGCUAUGCACAUUAAGAAAAUAAUGGAGAUCUAUGGAGCAUUGACGGGUCAAGAGAUUAAUUGUGAAAAUCAGCAAUCUCCUUCAGUCACAACACUCCUGAUACUAUUAAGCAGCUCAUCUCAGACUCUUUAGGUAUCCCCUUGUCAACCGGACUGGGAAAGUAUUUGGGGUCCCUACAUAAUGGGGUCGAUCAAAGAAAGAGGUAUUUUCGGU